GGCCGGAGCGGAGCCGCGACCGGAGCCGCCGAGCGGGGGCGGCUUGAGAGUGAGGGGGCCGGGGCUGCUGCCGCGAUGGAGCCAAAACCGGCGGAUCCGCUGCUGUGCGACAGCCUCAUCCUCUGGCUGCAGACCUUCAAUACUGCUGCACCUUGCAGAGAUGUUCAGGACCUGACUAAUGGGGUUGCCAUGGCACAGGUGCUUCACCAAAUAGACGUUGCUUGGUUUGAUGCCUCUUGGCUAAAUCGCAUUAAAGAUGAUGUUGGUGACAACUGGAGAAUAAAGUCCAGUAAUCUGAAGAAGAUACUGCAAGGAAUUAUGGACUACUACCAUGAGUUCUUGGGUCAGCAGAUUUCAGAAGAGCUUAUUCCAGACUUAAACCAGAUAUCUGAGAACUCAGAUCCCACUGAACUGGGCAGGCUUCUGCAGCUUAUUUUAGGUUGCGCAGUCAACUGUGAGAGGAAACAAGAACACAUACAAAAUAUCAUGACCCUUGAAGAAUCUGUUCAGCAUGUUGUCAUGACAGCCAUUCAAGAGCUCAUGAGCAAGGAAGUAACGAGUCCUUCCACCUGUGAUGCAUCAAGUGAAAUGGAACAGCAGCUUAAAAGAGCCUUGGAGGAUCUUCAGGAAGCAUUAGCAGAAAAAGAAGAGUUAGCACAAAGAUGUCAAGAGCUUGAUUUGCAGGUAGCUGCCCUCCAGGAUGAAAAAAACAGCUUGAUGUCAGAAAAUGAGAUUAUGAAUGACAGACUAGAGCAAUUAGACGACUCUCUUGAUGAUCCAAAUACUGUGGUUGCAAAAAAGUAUUUUAAUGCACAGUUGCAGCUGGAGCAAUUGCAAGAAGAAAACUUCAGGCUUGAAGCUGCAAAAGAUGAUUAUCGUGUCCAUUGUGAAGAUCUAGAAAAACAACUGAUUGAACUGCAACAUAGAAACAAUGAACUGACCUCCCUGGCAGAAGAAUCUAGAGCCUUGAAAGAUGAAAAUGAUAUUCUUAGGGCUACUGCAGACAAGGCCAGUAAGCUGGAAUCAACUGUGGAAGUGUAUCGGAAGAAGCUGCAGGAUCUGAACGACUUCCGCAGACAGGUCAAGUCGCUGCAGGAGACCAACAUGAUGUACAUGCACAACACAGUCAGCCUGGAGGAUGAGCUGAAGAAAGCCAACGCAGCACGAGCCCAGCUGGAGACCUACAAACGACAGGUCCAAGAGCUUCAUAACAAACUGUCUGAAGAAUCCAAAAGAGCUGAUAAACUGGCAUUUGAAAUGAAGAGACUUGAAGAAAAACAUGAAGCUUUAAUCAAAGAAAAAGAGAGACUGAUAGUGCAGUGUGAUGCAUUAAAAGAAACAAAUGAAGAGCUCCGGUGUUCACAGAUGCAGCAGGAUCACCUGAGUCAAACAGGUGGCUCUCGUGUUAAAAGCCAUGAGAAUCUUGCUGCUGAAAUUCUGCCAGUGGAAUACAGAGAAAUGUUUAUUCGGCUGCAGCAUGAAAAUAAGAUGCUCCUGUUGAAACAGGAAGGGUCAGAAAAUGAGCGUAUUGCAGAGCUCCAGGAACAGCUGGAGCAGAAGCACCGGACAGUGAACGAACUGGAAACUGAGAAAAGGCUGAAUGAAGAGCGUAUUGGGGGAUUACAGCAGCAGAUUGAAGAUCUGCAAAAGACUUUGCAGGAGCAGGGAUCUAAGACUGAAGGAUCCAGCAACCUGAAGCAGAAGUUGGCAGCACACAUGGAAAAGUUGAACGAAGUUCAUGAUGAGUUACAGAAGAAAGAGGCUGAUCUUGCAGAGCUCCAGCCUGAUGACAGUCAGAACCCCCAGAAGAUUGGAGAGCUGGAAGCAGCUUUACGAAAAAAAGAUGAGGAUAUGAAAGCAAUGGAAGAAAGAUAUAAAAUGUACCUUGAGAAAGCAAGAAAUGUGAUAAAAACCUUAGACCCCAAGCUAAAUCCAGCAUCAGCAGAAAUUAUGUUGCUCAGAAAACAGAUACUGGAGAAAGACAAAAAAAUUGAAGCACUAGAGAACGAAUACAAACUGGCUAAGCUACGUGAUUAUGAGGAAAAGCUAAUUGUAACUGCAUGGUAUAACAAGAGCCUGACUCUGCAGAAGCUGGGUAUGGAAGCAAGGCUGGUUGGCAGCAGUGGUGCCUGCAAAGAUGGGCCUGGACGCUCCUUCCUGGCUCAGCAACGUCACGUCACCACCACCAGGAGGAAUCUCACUGUUAAAGUACCAGGGGCAACAUCUGAUUAAACCACAAGGACCAUGAGGAAAACUUACCUGCUAAAGUGUCCUUAAAUGUUUUAUAGCUUCCACUUUACUUGAGGAAAGAGGAGGUUAGAACUGGGCAGCUGCAAAUUCAACAUCAGAACUGUCAAGGAGUGAUUCAUUUGAUCAGUGGUGUGUGUAGAAGGUAGCACGUAGUUUUCCAAGUAGAUUUGAUAACUGCAGUACCUAUUUACAAGCACAACGUAAAAGAUUUAUAUUUGCCUUCAGAUUAUAUUGUAAAUAUGAAAUUUGGCACUAUAUAUUUAAAACUUUAUUUAAUGGGUUUGGGCUAGAAAGUUGACUUUUAUAAUGGGAAGAUGUUAUGCAAAAAUUUACUUCAGGAAACUGGCAAUAUUGGGCAUUUUUGCUGGGCUCUUCUAAAAAUAGAUUUAAAAGAUUGGUACCAUGUUUUAAAAUAAUACAGGUUUUUUUAGAAUAGAAAGUACAGUUUUAAAUGCAAGAAAAUGCUUGCAUUUAUAGAAAAAGAAAAUAAAGGUAUAGUACCAGUACUGAAGACAGGAUUUGUUUCAUGAGAAGCAGAAUUACUCAGUUUAGUUAAAAAAAAAAAAAAAGGUUAAGUUUGUGCAUAUACACACUAAAGAAAACCUGUCUUUAAGAUGCUGAAUUCACUUAAGCCAAAAAAGCUUGUCUUUUCCUGUGUAAGAGAAAAGCUAUAAUAAUAAUAAUAAUUCAGAAGUCUGGGCUGUAUUUUAAAGUCUGGCAUAUUCAUAUGCUGCAUUUAUUUGCAGAAGGGGGAUUAGUUGAGAAGGAGCCCCAUUUAUUUCAACCUAUUUAUACAACCCUGUGCAUGGAAAUUAAUUUUUCCUUUUUUAAAUGUAGUUUUCACUUCAGUUAUUCUCAACUGACUACUAGGCAGAGAAACGAAAGAUGGCUUUAACAGUUGUUGGCAGGGAGAGAAGUGCAUAAACUAUAAUAGUGUGAUAGAAGAUGAAAAAGGGAUUGAUAUCUGAAAUUUGUGUGCAGGAAGUUGCUGUUUUUCACAGAAUUUGUCACUUUAUUUUCCAAAUGUCUUAUUUUUGUUUUGAAUUGUAUUUUUAGAAACCUGUCAAUGUCUGUUCUUCUUUGCAGACUGUCUAGAACAAAUUGAUUAUGCCAAUAGUUAAAUGAAAUAAAAUUGCAGCAGCCUGUAAAAUAAAAUGAAUACACUUAAACUAAGUAUUUUAGGAUGGUGUACUGGAGCAUCAUCUAAUACAAAACUCAACCACAUUUGUGAAUGAAAACA